UUAUUAUAUUUAAAUUUUGGUAUAUAUACAGCCCCUCCCGGAAAAGAACCACCGCGCCAGUCUGUUGCCUCGGGAGGGUUGGCCAGCCUGUCUUUCCCUCCUCAGCGGCGGCCCCGUCACCAUGGGGGCCUACAAGUACAUGCAGGAGAUUUACCGGAAGAAGCAGAGUGAUGUGAUGCGCUUCCUGCUGAGGGUGCGGGCCUGGCAGUACCGCCACCUCAACAAGCUGCACCGUGCGCCGCGCCCGACCCGCCCGGAGAAGGCGCGCCGCCUCGGCUACAAGGCCAAGCAAGGCUUCGUCAUCUACCGCAUCCGUAUCCGCCGCGGUGGCCGCAAACGCCCCGUGCCCAAGGGUGCCACCUACGGCAAGCCCAAGAGCCACGGCGUCAACCAGCUCAAGCCCACACGCAACCUUCAGUCCCUGGCUGAGGAGCGCACAGGUCGUCGCCUGGGUGGGCUGCGUGUGCUGAACAGCUACUGGGUAGCACAGGACUCCACCUACAAGUACUAUGAGGUGAUUCUGGUGGACAUCCGACACAAUGUGGUUCGCAAGGACGGCUCCCUCAACUGGAUCUGCAAACACACGCAGAAGCACAGGGAGAUGCGAGGCAAGACCUCGGCCGGCAGGAAGCACCGCGGGCUGGGCCGAGGCUUCCACUUCUCCCAGACCAAGGGAGGCUCGCGUCGCGCCCGCUGGCUGCGCCACAACUCGCUUUCCCUGCGCAGGAAGCGUUAAAAUCACCAUCUGGUGUUAUUUCUUUAAUAAAAAAAAUGAUUAUUCCACGCAACA